CUGACUCUUAUUUAAAAUCCACUAUUUUCAGAUUAUCAAUGAUUUUGCAAUUUCUUGUGGCUGUCACUGUCCUUGGGCAGUGCUUAGGGGAAAUCAAGGAAAUCGAAGUUGAGGAUUGCACAGAGGCAGAGAUGGGCCCCCGUAGCUACACCGACGAGGCUACUAAAUGCGAGAAUAAAUACGAAGAUAAUGUAUGUCAAGAACUGUAUGGAGGCUUGGUGGAUAUGACAAAGAGCAAACUAACCGAAAGACCUGACAGAUGUUUCAAGCUUCAAGGCGCAAAGUCUGAGAAGAUGAUAAAAGCGGCUGUCGAUAUUUGUCCGAAGACAUGCGGUUUUUGCUGCAUAGUUCCAAAACCAACAACUACCUUGGCUACUACAACAAAGGCGGCAACCAAGGUUCAGCCAACCACCUCAAAAGAUCCUACCACCACCACCACCACUACUACUACCACCACCACCACCACCACCACCAUAGAAUGCGGAAGCGAUGCAAGAUGUUCUAAGUGGAUUUCAAAUGGAUUUUGCACAAAUCUUCUUUACGAUUUCCUCUAUAGAGCCAAAUAUUGCGGAAAACCAUGCAAACUAUGUUGAAGACCACAUCUACUUGCUUGCAUUCUGGC